AUGGCUGCCACCAUCCGUCCUAUCACCGGCAUGCUCCGCCGCACUCUGGUCCUCGACCUGAGCACCGCCUUCGGCUUCGGCACCACCUUCGGCUACCUCUGGUGGUACGGCUACCACCUUCCCCGCGUCCGCGCCCGUGACAACUACUACACCCGCCUGGAGGCCGAGCGCGCCGCCCAGCAGGCCUAG